GGUACUUUCGCAUCUUUCUGACUUUGCUGGCGUGCUAUCAUAUGCCAACAAAUCAUGUCAAGGCUGUUCUAUCCUACAUCCUUGCUGGACUUUUGGAUGCAGUAGAUGGGCAUGCAGCUAGAUUCUUCAAUCAGAGGUACUUUCGCAUCUUUCUGACUUUGCUGGCGUGCUAUCAUAUGCCAACAAAUCAUGUCAAGGCUGUACUAUCCUACAUCCUUGCUGGACUUUUGGAUGCAGUAGAUGGGCAUGCAGCUAGAUUCUUCAAUCAGAGUACAAGGUUUGGAGCAAUGCUGGACCAGUUGACAGACAGAUGUGCCACUAUGUGUCUGUUGGCAACUCUCUCAUACUUCUAUCCAUCCUACAUGUUCUUCUUUCAACUGAGCAUGACAAUUGACAUUGCCUGCCAUUGGCUGCAUCUUCAUACGAGCCUGCUACUGGGGAAGACAUCUCAUAAAUCAAAGGAUGCAAAUAGGAAUGAU